UGCUCAGUUUGUCAGGGACGUUCGCACCAUUCGCAUGACUCGCGCAAAACUUCAAGAAAUCAAAGCAUGUACUAAGCAAAAACAACAACAUCAAAUGAAAACAACUAUGUAGAAUUAAACAACAAAAAAUCACAUAGAAAAACUUGCGUUGCUCAGCGACUAAAGGUCAACCAUUUUGUAGCGAAUCUGAGCAUAAAAAGUGAUUCAACAAUGACAUGAAACAAAUGCCCUGCAUAAAAACUUUAAGUAAUAUAAAAUAAUAAAACAUUUCUAAACAAAUACCAUUAAAAACAAAACCAAAAGCAAUAUGCACGUUUACUACAAAUUCGGACUACUUCUAAUAUUUCUGCUGAGCGUAAGCAUAAGCCAAACAGCACCCGCGGACAAAAGCCAAAAAGGCAGCAACAACAAUAGUUAUGAUGAUUACGAAUACGACGAUGAUGAUUACGUUGACGAAGUGCAUAGCAAGGAGUCGUCAGAUAAAAUACAACCAGAGAUUGCAGCAAAUCGACAAUUGGGCAUAGCAUCGUCGACAACAACAACCACAUUUAGGCCCAUUUUCAGCAUUCCACGACGCAGCAGCCAUGUGCUGGAGCCAAGUUGUCCACGGAAUUGCCUAUGCUUGGAGGACUUCAAGUAUGUGCAAUGCACCAAUGCACAUUUGACUCAUGUGCCAUUAGAUUUGCCAAAAACGGCAGCUAUUAUUGAUUUGAGUCACAAUGUGAUUUCGGAGCUGCGCGCCGAAGAUUUUGCCAAUUUGUCCAAAGUGGUCGAAAUCAAUUUAAAUCACAAUUUAAUCAGACGUAUCGACAAGGAGGCAUUCAAUGGCAUGGAACGUUUGCGACGCCUUCGCCUGGCCAACAAUCUAUUGACCAAAAUCGAUCCAGAUACUUUUGCUGCCGCUACCGAUUUGGCGUUGCUGGAUUUGAGCAAUAAUAGCAUUGUUCAGCGCACAGAUGGUUCGUUUUUGAAUCAGCCAAGCUUAAAUGAAUUCAGCUGUUCGAACUGCAGCUGGACGGAGUUGCCAGAGCAAAUAUUUAUGAAUAUGAGUGCACUAAAUGUAUUGCGCUUGGAUCACAACGAAUUCAAACGACAAAUCAAUACGAGAGCUUUCACGCCGCUUAAAUAUAUUAUUAAACUUAAAUUGCCAGAACUGGAUCAAGCCAACAUUGAGGAACUCUGCAAUCUUCUCAAAUCGAUUGACAACAUCAGCUUCAAGCAUUUUGAUGUCAGCUGCUUUGAGUUGGUCCUAGGAACAUCAUUUAACGAGAGCCUCAUCCAAGCGACAGAUCCACCUUUUAAGCGAGUGACUGGACUGCCCAGCACACCGAAGCCAGCGACACCAGCUCCGCCGCGCACAGCAGCCAAUCGCAAUCGCAACAGAGUGGCCAACGAGACGGUCAGCGUAGCCAAGGCGGGCGUCAUGACUGAAACCAGCAGCGAUACACCCACAGACAAGGAGGAGCCAUAUCAAGUGCCCAUCUCGCAAGAGACCAUCAACAUACUGCUUAUAUGCAUUAUGGUCGUCGCAGUUGUGGGCAUUAUUGUGGGCUUGAUUUGUCGGAAAGAUCUGGGCGGCAUUAAGACGAAAUGCUGUCGCACUAGCAAACCGGAGCCAAAGGAUCAGGUGCAUCCCACUGAGGAAAUACCGUUAAAUAAGCUAGCCUAAGAUAAACACACGCACACUCGCCCGCUGCCUUAGAAAUGAUUCCAAAACGAAAAACCACAUUGUCAAUACAACCAGCAGCAUUUGCCAACGUUACGAGACUUGAACUCUGUUUGCAUUGUAUUCAAAAUAAAUUUCCGAACUGUAGCGGAAGUUUUAGUUCAUAGCACCCCCAUUAGUUGUAAGUCACCUAGUCGCUUAGUUCUUGAUUUCAUGGACAUGUCUAAUUUGUAGUUCGUUCGCAUUUUGUGUUUUUGGGUAGCAAAGAACUAAAAUUAUGUUUUCUAUGGUUACGUUUCACGCACAUCACUACGCAUCAUAUCGAUAUUAGCUAAUACAAAUUGUUAUAGCUGUUAGACCUUUCCGUACUCUUA